AUGAAUUAUUUAUUAAUAUUGCUUUAUAUAUAUUAAAGUACCAUAUUAUCAUUAUUUACAAUCAUAAUCCCAAUUUUAUUAGCAGAAAAGGGAUAUACAUUUGAAUAAUAAGGUAUGUAUUCAUUAAUCAGCUAUCCAUUUUAUUUUAAGUUUUUGUUUGCACCAAUUAUUGAUUUGUAUUAAUUUUAAUUCCUAGGCAAAAGGAAAAGGUAAUCAUUCAAGAUUAUAAAGCAUAGUUAUAUUUUACCAAUAAAUUUAUUAUUAUCAGUAAUACUUUUGUAUUUAUCCAGAAUUGACAUUUUAACAAAUUAUCAUAUUUUAUGGAUAUUUGGAUUCAUUUUGUGUUUGUUUUUAGGAAUUCAAGAUAUUGCAAUUGAUGGAUUGGCAACUGAUUUAUGUAAAUAAUAAGGAGAAAGUGCUGCAUUAUUAUAAAAUAUUGGUUUUACUAUUGGAAAUUCGUUUCUUGGAAACUUUUUAUUUAUUGCCUUGUAUUCAUCAUAACAUUGCUCACUAGAAACAUUCUUUAUGAUUUUAUCAAUAUUAGGUUUAAUAUUGACUAUUAUCUUAUAUUUAUAUCUAUUUGAAUAGUAGGAAUAAUACAAAAGGACAACUAACUUUUAAGAUUUAAAAAGUGUGAUAAAAUCAUUUUUUUAAAAUGAAAACAUGAUAACAUUUUCAUUAUUAAUAUUUUUUGAAAGGUAUAUAUUUAAUAUGAUAGAUUAGAACUGCAUUGUCAUCUUUGGAUGCAACAUUUAGAUUAAAAUUAGUACAAUUCAAUAUCAAUAAAACUUACAUUUCAUUUAUAGAUACAAUUAUAUUGCCAUUGAAAAUAGCAACUGGAUUAAUAUAUCAUUAAUACUUUUAUAAAUAUGAUUUUAAGUAUAAUAGUGUAAUAUAUAUAUAGAUAUUAUGGAAAUAUUUAAUAUUUGAGAUUAAUUUCAACAUUUUUUGCAAUAAUAACAUUAUUGUUAAUUGAUAAAUUUGAAUUAGAUGGUCCAUACAGUUAUAUUGCCAUAUUCCUUUCAAAUAUGUGUUGGUGGAUUUUAUUUAACAUUACAUAUAUUGUUAGAGUAUAAUUGACAUUUAUAUAAAAUUAAGGGUAACUUUUAAAUGAAAAUUACUACUCCUGGAGUUGAAGCUACAACAUUGACAAUUCUUAAUAGUAUCAGCCAAUUAGGAGUUAAAUUAGCAUUUUCAAUAAAUUUGAUAAUGGCCAAUUAUGUAAAUUAUUAUUGGCUGUUAUGUGCUGGAUGGAUUAUACAUUUACUUUAUUGCUUCAGAUACUCAGAAACUUAUAGAAAUUUGUACAUGUAACCCAUUCAAAUGUGGUAUUUAAAUAAAUAAAUAAAAUAAAUUUGA